AUGUGUGAAAAAGAGUAUUUAACAUACAACGAUUCAGAUCUUCCCGAUGUCACCUACCUGCGUACUCAACAACAAAUCCUCAACAUCCUCCAACAACAACAAAAACUGCAGGAAAAUCAACAAAAACUACAACAAGAAAUGCUGCAGAUUCUCCGACAGCAACAACAAUUACAACAACAAACGCUCGAUCAUCUUCCUCGUCGUCAAUAA